UUACCCGGGGGAUUUGAACACUGUCCACCUCAUUUCCACAUCGUACAUCGUCAACACCAUCUCGUUAUCCCUACCAAGCACUGCCUCACGCGAUCAUGACGAGUCUCAAUCUUGUCCGUCAGGCAAAUGCCACCGUUCGGAAGCAACGGCCCAAAAUGGUGGCUGUAUUUGUAGGGGGAACAAGUGGGAUUGGAGAGGCGACGGCAAAGGAGCUAGCAAAAACAGUACAUGCACCUACAGUUUACAUCGUCGGUCGCAACCAAGAGGCUGGCUCUCGUAUCCUGGCCGACUGUCAGGGUUUGAAUCCCCACGGCACGUACAGAUUUAUCAAGUCGGAUGUGUCGCUUCUCCGUGAGGUUGACACGGCUUGUCAAGAGAUCCAGAGCAAGGAAGCUGCCGUGGACCUUCUCUUCAUGACGCCGGGCCACCUGGCAACUCGGAAAAAUAACACGGCGGAGGGACUAGACGAUAACCAUGUGCUCCGAUACUACGCCAGAAUGCGAUUCAUCCAAAACCUGAUACCUCAGUUACAAGCCGCCGAGCUUCCCGCGCGUGUUCUUACGAUUCUUGCCGCCGGAAAGGAGGGUGAGAUUGAUGAAAGCAAUUUCGAUCUUCAGGCAAAUUGGUCCUUCGGUACUGCCGCUGUCUAUGGAGCAACUCUGAAUUCCUUAGCGAUAGAGUAUCUGGCUUCGCAGUAUACCUCUAUUAGCUUUAUCCACGUCUUCCCAGGACUGGUACGCACAUCGCUCAUGAAGUCGAGUUUUGGCAGUCUACUUGGUUCGGUAAUUGGCCUACUCACUAGACUGCUGUCGAUAUCGGAGCAGGAGAGUGGAGAGCGCAAUAUCUUUCUUGCAACAUCGAUGGCGUAUGCACCGGUCGCGUAUGCCGGUGAUGCCACAUCUAAGCAGGUACAUGUCGCAACCGCGUCUACAGGGGAGGCCGGUGGUGGCUCAUACCUCCUGAACUAUGAUGGGACGGAUGCAACCAAUAAGACCUUAAUGGCAGACUAUCGCGCGAGGAACUAUCCGAAGAAGGUAUGGGAGCAUACCCUGGGUGUCUUUCAGAGGACCCUCGGCGCGGAUUCUUAGCUUAUCUGAGCUGUCAC